AUUGCAUUUGUACAGGGUCAAAGGCCGCGCACCAGUCAAAGUGCGUGUUGCAGACAGUGAUGCGGUUCCGGCUGAUACCUAUCUUCCUUUAUCUAUAGUGAAGAUUGUCGCAGCACGAAGCAAAAUGAUCGCAUCUACAAUGACAACGCACACAUCUAUAGUUUUGAACUGCACUAGAACAAAGCAUUGCGAGGAAAAUCCGAUAAGAGUGAAGACAAAAGCUUUUUAUCUUCCUAACGUCCUUUAACUUUCUUUCUACUUCGUUCACUACUAGAAUCUAUCAAUCCCCGAAGCAAAGGAUCAUCAUGGCAUCUUCGUCCACGGGUCGUCUCAGCGUGUCUGCGUUACAACAGUCUGCCUUGCACCAGCAAUUGCUUUGCCCCAACGCGAUGAGUGGCAUGCCGGACCCCAGUUCUGUCCAAAAGCAGAAAGAAACCUACAUGAAAUUACUGGAUUCUCAAUUGGCACAAGGGAUCCAGGCAUUGGACGUGCAGCUGAAGCAACAACGCGAUGCACUAAAUUCUCAAGCCGAGCAGCAAAAAAAAGCAUUCAAUAUGCAGGUGGAAAUGGAGGUACUACAGGAGCUAGUAGUUAUCAACAAGAUCCAUGAUGAUGAUGGAUUAUUUCACUAGUAUCCUACGAUCAUGUUGUCAUGCUGGUGAUGGUGGAGUCCUUUCUUACUCCUAUUAAUAACAACGUAAAGUCGCAUCUCCGUCAUGGUCGUUCAAAGCAAACGUCUCAGGUGAAAGCGCAGGAAAUGCAGUUGCAGCAGCAAUACCAGGAGCAGCACCUCCAAUUGCAACAGCAAGCGCAACAGCAAAAGAGUCAGCUGGAGCAACAAGCUAUGCAGCUUACUAUGGAAUACCAGCAAAAAAAGGCCGAAGAGGAAAUGAAUAAGCAGCAUUAUGAAAUGGAGCGCCAACAACAGGAGCUGCAAAUGAAGCUACAAAAUGAGUAUAUACUAGAUAUCAGCGCCCGAUAGCUCUCCCUACACUAGAAUCCUCCACCUCCUUCAAGCAUUUCCUCCGUCACGACGCGCCUUCCCCGCUCCUCUUCCGCCAGGUCGUGGCGCUUUCCUGUUGAAGUUGAUCCGCGGAAGAGAAGCCGGAACAGAUGCGCCGCGGAAUUUGAUAGAGGAGGUCGCCGCCUGAGAUGUUUCAAAGAUUGUCUGCUUUUGAAUGUAGUGCAGUUCUUUGGGUUGGGAGUCUUGAGUGCGAAGUUUUGCAUUUCAGUCCCUGAGGUGGAGACUUGGGGCGAGUUUGAAGCUUUUGGCUUGCAGCUUGAAGCCUGUGGCCGCUUUCAGUGUGGGGCUUUGAGCUUCGGCGAAGCUCUAGGCGUAAAGCUUUGGGCUUGGCGCUUUGAUUUUGAAGCUUUGGACUUGCAGGCUGAAGCGCUGGAAUCGAAGUGUUGGACUUCAAGGGCUAGGCCUGAAGUCUUGGACUUGGCCUUUGGCUUUGAAGUCUUGGACCUGACGUUUUUGGUUUAAAAAUCUUGGAUUUAUGCCUUUGGAUUGACGGCGUUGGGCUUCAAGCGUUGGGCUUGAAGUUUUGGGCUUGAGCCGUUGGAUUUGAAGUUUUGGAUUUGAAGCCUCGGGCUUGGGGCCUUGGGCUUGGGGCCUUGGUCCUGAGGCUUUGGGCUCAGGUUGACAUGCCACGCUCGAGAGCCCGUAAGUUCAGAGCCAGGGGCCCGCAGGUUCUUAGGUUCAGAAGUUCAUACAUAAGUUUUUUCGUAAGUUGUUCGCAAGUUCAUAAAUUCGUAGACUCAUACAUAGGUUCAUGGUUUUGCUGUGUGAGUGUUUUUGGUUCGAGUGUUUGUGGUUCAAGUGUGUUCGGUUCGGAGAUUGGGGGGGGGUCGUUGUUGAUUUUUGAUUUAGCUCUUUACGAUUUUCUUGUUGCAGCACGUACCGACCCGAUAUGUUGGAAUUUCGUCGAACAUAAAAGAACGUACUCUGAUUAAUUUGUACGUAACUAAGUACCGACUUCUUUAUGUUGUACUAGGGUCUCAGACCUUCCAGAUCCAGUUCCUUAUAGGUGACAUAUUUAUAUAUGUUCCAGGGCUCAGGGCUGAAGGCCCAUCCCCGAUCUAACUUUUUGAGGGGGGGGCCUCCCAGCCCGGGCCCUCUUUUCGAGCGGCUGCCGGGCGGGAAGGCCUCAAAGCGCCCACCUCUGACCUCUUCUCGCUUCUUGCCUGUACCCUAGAGCGCCACCAAGCCGGCGGACGUUGAAGCAGGCGAAGGAGGCAAGGCAGGACCCCGCUGGCUUGUUGCAUGUGCCUUACAGACCUAGCAAAGGCGGCAAAGGUUGGGCCCUCUUGUCGUGUUGCAGGUGCGCGACAGAGCGGGCAGAGGAGGCAAGGCGGGACCCGCCCCCUUGGCGUGCUGCGUGUACCCGACAGACCUGGCAAAGGUGGCAAGGCUUGACCCCUCUGGCGUGUUGCAUGUACCCGACACACAGACCUGGCAAAGGUGGCAAGGCUGGACCCCUCUGGCGUGUUGCAUGUGCCCAACCCUACAGGAGACCGGGCAAAGCUGGCAAGGCUGGACCCCUCUGGCGUGUUGCAUGUGCCCAAACUUACAGACCGGGCAAAGGUGGCAAGGCUGGACCCCUCUGGCGACGUCCCCCCCAGAUCCAUCCCCAGGUGUGGUGGCCUCCCUCCCUGGUACAUAUAUAUAAAAUAUAUUUAUUCUUAAAAAGAGAACUUUGACUUCUUGUUUGAAGUACGUCUUUGUCUUUCAGUUUCAACGCAGAAAAAUUAGGAAACUCCAAAUCCAACUGCAUUUGUUGGUCCUCCAGGUUUCACAGCAUGCAGGCUCAGCUGACUUCAUCCCUGCCAGCCGCUUUUCAUUAUUUCAAUUCGAAUUUGCAACUCGGCGAUGGCCUCAAAGUCACUAACGGGACCUACGCACGUACUUUUUCUUUUCAUGUCUAUUGAUGUGUCCCUAGUAGUUGACCAUUUGAUAUUUUCGAACUCGGUCCGACCGGAAGAACGUUAACAACUUUGAAGAUAGCGAGCGUGAAGAUAAUCAAUAAAUGUCGCAGUUCAAUCAUGACCUGCUUUCAUCGUUGUUCACAAAUCUCACCGUCACCUUCCAUGAAAAAUUGAUCCUUCUUCAUCAGCCUACUUUGCGCAGUCCGGUGAUAACGAGAGCCAGGCUGGUUCUUCUAUCUUUGGAAAGAGCUUGGGGCUCCAACUCGGGUCUUUUGCCGGAGCUGGGAAUGAUUUGUCAAACACGAGUACCACUUCAGCUGGCAAUACCUGCAGUUACUCGACGGGACCGCCGUCAGCCAACACUUCGGUUGCAGCACAAAUUCAGCCAGAGCCCACAAUCUACGUCUACGGACAGAACGGGGAAUUGAUCCCCAAGCACGAAGUGCAAGAUCAAAACUAAAGAUACCCGAGAAUAUACUUACCUAUUAUAACUAGAUUUAUAGCAUAGAGUUUGACAGAUUGGGCGGGAGCAGCGGCAAUUAAAUACUUAGAGAAAAUAGUAAAGUGUACCCCACCACCAGCAUCAUGAGGAAGUUGAGCCGCAUAACUAGAAAUAAAUACCUAAAAGCUUAUUGCCUGAAGAACAGAAAUACCAUGAAUGCACCAUCUCUCUGAUAUAACAAUGCGGAUCGUAGUACUGCGACCUCAAAAUGAACAUUUUUUUCGUUGUGGCAGUUGUCCAUGCCGCUACAAAGCGGAAAUAGACUUCGUAUUGCCCUGAGGAACCCAUUUUCCUGUUGGAUCGAGAACGCACUGCUUAUUACUAUGAUACCUGCGAUCGUCGGACACUGAUACAUCAAUUAUACACAAGAAAGAAUGAAGUCUAGAAGAAUAACAGAAGAUAUCUCAAGGCUCCCUCCAAUAGGUUGUGAUUUUGUCAUCUCAUCACGGCUUACAUCGUUAACUACAUUGCCUCGUUAUUUCCACACCUGUUGCAACGCUUCGGUUCGCUCUUACACCUCGUUGCUAUUGUUCUCCCCAUAAAAUGAACCUCAACAUCAAUCCGUUGCUCUUCCUGCUCUUCGUUUCCCAGGCUUUUCCUCACUCAGGUGAUUAUCACAGAACGUGAUGUGUCGAUGGUUGAUAUCAUGGCGGCCGUCGAGACCCCGAUCAAUACAAACGUUUUGGUUUCUUUUCGUUUUGUUUAUAGAUACGUAUCAAGAAUGAAUAUAAACAACGAUGGACCGAGGCAUCAAUGUUGAAUAGCAGAGGACGAUUGAAUAUCCUCAAGUAGCGUCCGUUCGCCGUCGUGUCAUCAACU